AUAUGUGAUGUUGAUGACGGUGAAAUAGCGGUAAAGUUUUUUUUAGGGACUAUUUUGCCUUACAACAGCCUUCAUGUAUCCUUCCACCAUGAAUCGUCUAACAGAAUAGACUUCUUAUCAGCCCAAAACUUUCACAUCACAUAGCUACCACGAAAAUGUCCCAGACAUCAGUUAAUUUGCCGUGCGAUUUGGUCACGUGAAUUCAGGUGGACAAACCAAAAUACACCGUGGAGAGUAAGAGGUUAAGUAUCGCGAUGCGAUAUUCCAGCCGAAUCGCCCACCCCUGCGUGAGCUCCGUGUGGUCGGGUGUGUCCCACCGCGUUAAUUUUCAAACCCAAGUCUCCACCUCACAUCCGGCCGAUGAAGUCAAUCAUUCUCUCAACGUCCGCCAUUUCAGUUUUUUGGAGUUAACAGUUGGAUGUUCGGCGAAAGAGGCUGGAUUUUAAACUAAGGAAGGCGGCUGUGUGGAGGAACCGUAAGUUUUGCUGACUUAGUGCCGCUUUCGGGGCGCCGUUUUCCGCGGAGUUUGGGCCGGCUGGGUCGAAGCUAACGCUAGCGGUCCGAGGCGGCUCCGCUGCUGCUGGGCUGUUCCUCGGAGCGUGCUGCGCUGCUGGGAGCCGAAGUUUUUUGCAUGAGUUGAAGUGAGGCACACGGACUGACUGGGAGAGGCAGAGGCAGGCCUGAGGAAGAGCCCCGGUGUGGAAGAAGAGAGUCAUGGCUGGCAAUUUUGACGCCGAGGACCGCGGGAGCUGGUACUGGGGAAAUAUGAGCAGAAAGGACGCCGUUGCUCUGCUGCAGGGCCAGAGACACGGAGUGUUUUUGGUCAGAGACUCGACCACCAUCAAAGGAGACUAUGUGCUCUCCGUGUCUGAAAACUCUAAAGUCUCUCAUUAUAUCAUCAACAGCAUUAGCAACAACCGGCAGUCUGGAUCAGGUUUGAUGUCACCGCGCUUUCGUAUUGGGGACCAGGAGUUUGACACUCUUCCAGGCCUGCUGGAGUUUUACAAGAUCCACUACCUGGAUACCACCACACUUAUCGAGCCCAUCAACAAGCAUGCCAGCUUCAUCAGCGUGGCGCCCGCUGGCACUCCCCAGAGGCAGGAAGAGGCAGAGUAUGUGCGUGCUCUCUUCGACUUCCCCGGCAACGAUGAGGAGGACCUGCCGUUCCGCAGGGGUGACGUGCUGCGGGUUCUAGAGAAGCCUGAGGAGCAGUGGUGGAACGCCCAGAACAGCGAGGGGCGUGCUGGAUUGAUCCCUGUACCCUAUGUGGAGAGAUACCGGCCUGCUUCCCCCACCUCCAUUGGGAGCGCUCCUGUGGGACAGGCAGGCCAGGGGACCCCUGCGGAUGGUAUUGGAGCUCCAGUCCCCACAAAGCUGGACUAUGCCCAGCCUGUGGUCAACACUCCUCUGCCCAACCUGCAGAAUGGGCCAGUGUAUGCCAGAGCCAUCCAGAAGAGAGUGCCUAAUGCCUAUGAUAAGACUGCCCUCGCCUUAGAGGUGGGCGACAUGGUGACGGUGACGAAAAUCAACGUGAACGGCCAGUGGGAGGGAGAGUGCAAGGGCAAGAAAGGCCAUUUCCCCUUCACACACGUCCGCCUGCUUGACCAGCAGCAGCCUGAGGACGAAAGCUGAGGCACACGUGUACACACACAAACACACUGCAGUUUUUCACACUCUGUCAUGAUCGAUCCAAUCAUUACAUCCGUACAAAAUUGCUGAAGGUAAAAUUGAUCUAACCUGGGUGUUUGACCACAUCAGUAUUCAGCUACCCUGACAUCUUCCUUAUGCAAACACAGAUAUAAGCAUACAGUUUUCCCCACUUAUGCACAUUUUCAUGUAACAAUAGAGUUAACACACAUCUGCCCUACAUAGACAAGGACCCCAUUGCUUCAAUAGAGUCACUUGCCUAAAAACUAGCCACUAACGGCUUUCCCACUUUCGUAAGACUGCUGUCUGAAAACCAGAGCGGUAGGAACUCUUGAAGCUAAAGUGCAGGCAAUACCCUCUGACUGCUGACGGAAAGACAAAAAGAAGAGACAGCACAACCUGGACGGUCUCUUGUCCCAUAGACUGCGGCUAGGCUUGCACUGCCCUCCUCUGGACGUCUACAGCACCCUUACUUGGGUCCAGCCAACACUACCAGUCAAGCUCUGGUCCUCUUUUUGUACUGAAAUGGAAAAUAUUAUGAUGGAAAAAAAAGACAUAUAUUAUGUACCAUUACAUGCGACAUACCAUGCCAGUUACUUAUUUUAAUAUUUGAUUUGUAUUUUACCCUGUGCAUCAUUCCUGAUGACCAUACUGGUGACUAAAUGCAUUUCCAGACUAUGUGUUCUGGAAUAAUUUUUGCAAAUAGGAACUCCUAUUGAAGCACAAGGAAAAAAGUCCUGAGUCAGUCUGCAUUCCCAGAUUUGAUAUGUUCUUUUUCCAGGAAAAAUGUACGAUGGACGACAUUAGAUGCUGACUAAAAGACAGGGAAAAACAUCCACUUUCCUUUCUCUCGUCUUCCUUGUCAUUUCCUGUCCCCUUCCCAAGUCCCCAUCUUCAAACAUGGUUGAGGUUUUUGUUCAAUCUCUAAAUCCAGAGAUCCUCCACUGCGCUGAUGCUUCCAAACAUGCGGUUCUCACGUUCUCUCCACCAUUUGUUCAGUUUCUCUCACCAGCAUUAUUGUAUCGUACCCUAAAGAACAGUGUAAUUUAUUCUUCCUUAUUCGUGUUCCUGUCUGUGGGAUCAGGCGGUUCUGUGGCCUUAGAGGGAGGCAGGACGGACAGAUACAGACAAGUGGGUCCUGCAGGGUGUCGCCAGGGUCCCAUCUCUUGUCGUUGUCUCUCGGCUGCGGUCGAGGCCUCAGCGACAGCUGUGCUUGGCAGGUGAGCUUGCGUAAUGCUUGUUGAAGGUGAUCUGGAGCCACGUUGUCUCUCACAACAUUCCAAACCCUCAGGCAAUCAAUCAUGAGCUUCAUCAGCUGAGCCAGUCAGGAUUUUAGGAAGGCCAAGGCAACCUGCAGAAUGCUCUCGAAAUCCCAUUCAACUGUGUGCUACUUGAUCCGGUUUAAAUUGCUGUGCUACCAGUCUUGACUGUGUUACAGCUAAAUUCCCAAAAUUGAAAUUUUGAAUUUAAACCCAAAUUGAAUAUUUAUUCUUUCUUGGUUUUCCUUUCUACGUGUAGUAUUCAGAAUCCUCGUCUAUAAAUUCUAUCCUAAAAUAUUUAGCUUUUGUUCUCACAUGAAAAAGUUUAAACAUAAAUAAAUUAUGGAUAGUUAAGCUCACGUGUCUCAAACCAGCCAAAACGCCUGAUUCAGUUCAUCAGCUAAUUAGCAAGACCUUCAUGAACUGAAUUCAGAGUGUUAGAUGAUGGUGAACACUAAUCUCUGCAGCACUUUGGCCUGAAAGCUCCCAAGCUUGGCAUGCCUGGCUUAGUUGAAUUUAUGCCGAAUUGUUGCUUUUAAGAAUGGUUUUGAAAAGUUGGUUAUUUGUUCGGAAAUGUUCACAGACAACUAUAGAAACUGGGACAAUUGGAAACGAAAACGCAAUACGUUUAAUUUGAAAGUAAUAAAGCACUGUAAGUAUAGGUGUUUACCCAAAACUGAGUGUGCUACAGCUCACAAAGCUGAAUGGAUGUUUUGCGUGCAUUACAUAAGGCUAAGAAGGACCGCAUUUGUUUUGCAUGGAACAGUCCGGCUUUGAGUUGGCACAGAGUAGUGAAACUUGGUAGGGAAAUCCAAGAGCUGUGUGGCCUUAGUUACACAUUCUGUUAGUUUAGUAUGUUUAGAAGAAGCAGCGUCCACUGAACUUUGAUCCUAAUGUGACUCAGAUCUGAUGUUUUCAGGGCUGUGUGGACACGCAAAUAUGAUCUUUUCAAAUCCGGCCUGAGCCACUUCCAUAUGUGGUCUUAGUUUGGAUAUGUAUCCAGUUUGAGGACAUACAACCUUAAUGUGACGCUCAGAUUGGAAAUGCCUUUUUCCCCACUGCGCGUGUGCCAUCAUUCAGCGUUACCAUGGCAGCAGCACUAAACGGAAGUUAAAGCCUGUAAACGGUGGAAAAGCAACACCUCAUCUUUUACACCUUUGUCUUGCUCUAAUGAACAGCUGAGAGCUGAUCAGAGUUAAUUAUUCACAGCAAAGCUCAUCCUGACUAAGUUUGUGCUGAUGAUGCAAGUGAUUCGUUCAUGUUACGUUACUGAGUAGGAUGUGCACACGCGGGUCAUCUCAGGAUGUCGUUCACAUCAAUGACGGAUUUGAAUCACUUGCCUAAACGAGUGUGAACCAUCGUGUCGGAGAGAUCGGAUUUGAGCAGUGAGGCUUGUAAUGUGAACGUAGCCUGAGAUGUUUUUACAACUUUCUUGAAGUUCACUACAUUUCUGAUGUGAUAUCAUGGGUAAACCCAGACGCAGCUGAGAUUUUACGGUAGUCCUGUAACAAUGACGUUUUAGCUGCCAUCGAAAUAAUUGCAGUUAACAUUGUGUCUUUUUUUCCUUCAGUGUAUGCAACUAUUAAAGUACAAGCCUAAAGUGACCCAACUGACCUAUUUCGCUGUCUUGCUUCCCAGCUGUUAGAGGCUGCCAAAUGAUGACAAAUGUCAAAUAAACAAGCGUUACUCAUUAUUCACUGCUGCCCUCUAAAGGUGUUAAGAGAAGCUUUUUUUUUCUUUUCUUUUUUUAAAUGAUGUGCAUCAAUAAAUGUGUUUUUUCUGCUUUUGCUUUUAUACGUUUGCCUCAACCCAACAGAUGAUUCACAGUGUUCGUCGUGACAUGAACAUACAAUUGUGAAAGCUCUGAAAUCUGGAAAAUGAUUUCAGUCAGCUCGAAUAAUUGCGACCAGGCGAGUGUGUAAUAAUUGUGACAGGCCUGUUUUAAAGGUUGAAUACAGACUAAUUGGUUGUUGUCAAAGGUCAGAAAGAUCAAAGAUGGAAAAAUUUGAACGGUCCCAAAGAGCUGACGUUCAGAGCUUAAAAGAAGCUAUAGAAACUACAUUUAAUGGCACAAGUUCUCUACUAGCAGAAUUGUAGUUAUUUUAUGAAAUGAGCCAAAUAAUGCUUCCAAUUAUUCCUUCACUUCAAUGGACUUGGUUAUUCUUGUUAUUUGCCACUUCUGGACCACCCAUAUGAUUGUGUGUAUUUUAUUAUUUCUGUAUUGUGUGCUGUUGUAUUUUCCAACACUACAGAGGAGUUCUCAUGGCGCUUCAUGUGUCAAAAGAUGCGUGUUUUAAGGCAGGGGUGUAACUGUUUGAAAGAAUGAAAUGUAUGUCAUGAAAUCGUAUUGUAAAGCUACUGGAUCAACUCCCUUAGACCUUUUUACCAAGAUUUAUAUUCAUGUUUUUAUGUCACCUCCUAAUGUGGGACCAUAAUGUUUCCAUAGAUAUAUUUUUCUUCCUUUUGAUUUUGAUACAUUGGCACUGUAAGUAUAGGUUAAGUAUAUGGUUUGAAAAAAAAAAGAUAAAUCCAGACAAAAUUAAUAAUACUGAUAUGGUCAUUAUUUAAAAUAAUGGCUAUAUUACAGUUAUGUAUUCAGGACAGUUUCCAAUUAUGCUAGGAGAGAAAAAGCCUUAACACAGUCAGUUUUACAGGCAUAAAAACAAACACAAAAGGAAAACGUUCCAGUUUAUUAAAUAAAACACUGUAAAUUUUAUAAAUAUUGAUAAUCUAGGUUAUGUCUAUGGUCCUAGUCAUGUCACAGUGCACAUUAGGAUUACGCAACAGUUUCCAUUACUCUUCGAAUUGCCUGUUCUCGUACGUGUCUUGGUGUGAAAACCACUGUUUGUAAUCCAAGCUGCUGUCAUCCUUUUCUUUUUCCAGCCUUAUCUCAUUUGGCUCUGCUCAGUGCAAUGAAAAAAGGGCAAAAACUGUACAAAGGAAUGAAUGACUUGUAUUGGAGACCAGUGGAGAGAAAAGGCGAGAGAUACAUUUAUCCCUCAGACAGAAACUGUAUUCACUGACUGACUCGACCACUCUGUUAACGUCGUAGAAAAAGAGACUGACCAAGAGGCUUUGGCAAGCUUGUACGCAAGCUUUUGUUUGUUUAAGUGCUUGUGUUGCACAGGAAUGAGUCUAUGUGCUUCCAGCAGGUCUAUGACUUACUUUGUCACUCAUGAUGUAUUUAUAUGUGUCUCUGAAUUGUAUAUUGAUGCACAUAAUGCUCUCUUUGGGUUUAUUAGAUACAUGAGAUUGUUUCUUCACAACUCUGCAUUCAAAAUAGAGCUGUCACUAUCGAUUAUAUUUUUUUUAUUAUUAUUAAGCUAAAUGGGAACAACAAACAAUAAUGCACUAUGCAGUGGCUUUCAGUGAUUCCAAAAUAGACAAAAAUGAAGCCUUGAAAAUACUUCAAACGAAAAAAAUAUGGGGAAAAAUGUAAAGAAAGGUGUCCGUCCAUUAGUCCGUCAGACUAGCAGAAGAAUUUAAGUGUUUCUAGGGUAUCUGCAGGCAUUAGCAAAUUCGAUUUAAUGCCAAAUGUCAAUUUAAGGCCAAAAUCUAAGACUUGGAGAAAUCAUGAAUGCUGCUUUUGGCCAAUUAUUUUUAUAAACUUGUCAAAGUAAAGAUUUCUGCACAAAUCUUCACUUUGUAUGUAACAUCAAUACUACCCUAUGAUGAUGCUCAAUUUACUAGGCCUAGUGUCUGGCUAGCGGUGGUGUACAUUCUCUUCCCACAUGGGGUUUAAUGCUAUUUAAGCCAACUCAUGUCUUGAAAGACAUUUAACGCAUAUGAAAUAAACUUGUAACAGACAUUUUAAAGUGUUUUUAUUUUAUCUGAUUAUUAUUGGAGUAGCCUGUUAGUGUGUUUGUUUUUAUUAGCACAGUUUGCACACAACUCCCAAAAUAUGUGCAUUCGUGAGAUCCUGCUUGUGUGGGUUUCCUCCCUUUUGGUGAAGCACGCAAAAGCAACUUGAGUGCUAAUGGCUCCCCCUUGUGGAGAAUGUUUAGACAGCUGUACACAGCUUUACAGUGACCUGCAGAUACCCUGUUCAUCAUUCAAACUUUUAAACUAAUCCUUAAUCUGAGUAAUUUAGAUAAUCAACGUAAAAUUUAAUCAGGUAAUCGUGACCGUCUUACUUCAAAUGCAGAGAUGUUGAAGUGUCUGUGGUUGACUCCUCUUCGGUUUCUAAAUAUUUUUGUUUACACACCUGAUCACACCCAAGCCACUACUUUGCCUUUACAGAACUGAUAAGUAGGUGGUUUUGUUUCAUUAUGAUCAAGGAGCUUUUGUCAGGAGGUCUGUUGUUCAUUACUGAGGUUAAUUGUGCCGAUCUCUAAAUUUUGCUCUCCAUACUGAAUCAUGACAUUUUAUGCACCUUACCUCCUGAUUGCCUCCUUUUUUCUGACUUACAUGACUGACUGAGAAUCCUCCUUUUUUUUUUUCUUUUUUUUUUUUUGUUUGUUUUAUACCCCGAAUAUUAUUCUCUUCCAUUUUCCUCGUGUUGAAGGAACACUGAGGAAAGGGCAAAGCAAAGAGAAAUCCUUUCUGAAAUUCUGAAAUGUGCCAUUGUAUUAUAACUAUAUUAUUUGAAGUUCAGAUUUACAUUUUGAGGCAUGUAAUGUGUUAAUAUACUUAGUAAAUAAAAACCUAUUAGUGAAAA